UUCUUCUUCUUCCAUUUUAUCUCCCGGCGCUUUUCCCCAUUUUCAUAACAACAAACACCAGAGCAUCCACAACUCCAAACGCAGAACUUAUUAUCUUCCUCUUCUACCUUCCUCUAACCUGAAGCGACGUCGUCGUCUGUCUAGACAUGUCCUACGAUUAUCUCUUCAAGUACAUAAUCAUCGGCGACACAGGUGUUGGAAAGUCAUGUCUGCUCUUGCAAUUCACUGACAAGAGGUUCCAGCCUGUGCAUGAUCUCACUAUUGGCGUCGAAUUCGGUGCUCGAAUGGUCGCUAUAGAUGGAAGGCCCAUCAAGCUCCAGAUAUGGGACACAGCAGGUCAAGAAUCAUUCAGAUCCAUUACCAGAUCUUACUACAGAGGAGCAGCUGGAGCACUCCUGGUUUAUGACAUAACUAGGAGAGAGACAUUCAAUCAUCUAGCAAGCUGGUUGGAGGAUGCUCGGCAGCACGCAAACCCCAAUAUGAGUAUCAUGCUCAUCGGUAACAAGUCUGAUCUUUCUCAUCGGAGGGCUGUCAGCAAAGAGGAAGGUGAGCAAUUUGCAAAGGAACAUGGGCUUCUAUUCUUGGAAGCGUCUGCAAGAACAGCUCAAAACGUUGAGGAGGCCUUCAUCAGGACUGCUGCAAAGAUCCUUCAGAAUAUUCAGGAAGGCGUGAUUGAUGUAUCCAACGAGUCGUCUGGCAUCAAGUUCGGUUAUGGGCGGCCUCAAGGUACAGCGGGUGCAAGAGAUGGAGCAGUUGCUCAGAGAAGUGGCUGCUGCGGUUGAACUUGAACAGACUUGAUCUCCUGAUGCUUAUUAAGAAGGAAAAAAAAAAGAAGAAUCUUUGUGCCACUUCUGAACAACAUUGACUGUAAAAAUCUAAUUUUAGUUUCUUCCUUUCUCAUUCCCUGUUUGGAUGAGUUUCUGUUCUUCCUUCACAUCGUCCGCCCACCUUUCUGCUCGGUUUUAGUUUAUAAGUGGAGAUUAAAAUUUAGUUGAAAA